AAGGAGUAGUUGGUUAGUUAUGCAUUUUUAAUAGUGAGACACACAUGGCGUGUCAUCAUUUCAAUGGGGUAAAAAUAUGUUGCAUGCUCAUAAAAGCGUGAUAUUGACCAGCCCAAGGUCCCAGUCAGUCAGGAUCUGGUUAAAUUGACAAUAGAGACAACGACUGAUAUGUAACGGUUUAGUUGCAUGUUGUUCAACUACAUGUAUCGCGAAUUAUUUGUUUCUUCUUCUCAAUAAUUAUAGUAAAAGACUAGCUUGAUCGAUUUUACACGUGAGGAGAAAAAAACAAAAACCAUGUUAUACUAAAAAGUUUGUAUGUCCAAAGACCAUACAAUUUUUGUAAUGGUUUCGUGUGAAAGUUUAAUCAUGGAUGUGAAACUCGGAAAGUUUCCUUUCUUUCUUGUGAGGAAGUUUUCAUGAAAUGGUUGCUCAAAGUUUGUUCUUAUUUUCUGAAUAUAAAUAUAUUUUAACUAUUUUAUUUUAGAAUAAAGUAUUUUAAGAAACUGUGAAAUAAAUAAAAAAUGACCCCAAAAGCACACUCUUAUUUAUUUUACAUUUUAAUAUUCUCCAUUUUCACGACUUACAUGACAUAUUUGACGUUAAGAAACAACACCACAAUUAAAUUGUUUAAACGAGAGUUUGAUUCUUAUUUACGACAAGUGCCAUCAAUUAGAAAAGAGAAUUUCCUAAAAAUAGACAAAUCAGUCUACAACGAUCUUCUAGUUGACACAAAACAUUGUAAAAUCCCAAAUUUCCACCCAUUUGAUCCGAUGGUGGUUCCACUAAUGCAUAAAGCAGAAUGGGUUGAAGAUUGUAGAAAAAUUUCAUACCAUUGGACAUAUCGGGAUGGAAAUAUGAUAAAUUUCAAUAAAACAGCGCUAAAACAAGACGGAUUUGAGUUUAGAGAUUUAAAUUGUUGUUAUAAAACCGUAACACGAGUUGAGCAAGAGAUGACAAAUUUUGAUAAAAAUGCAGAAAAUUUAAUCAAGUACUCAAACUGCAUCCCAAUGACUGAACUACGCACUAAAUUUAAUCAUGAUGAGUUUAUAAUGAUUGAAUGCAGUAAAAAGCUCAUCCCUUUAGUAAUUUAUCGAGGAUUCCACCCAAUUGCUCAACCAUUUCGCUCUAAAUCAACACAAGAUAAAAUUGAAUAUUGGAAAAAUCAUGAUAAUCUUCCCCCAAAUAUUCUCAUUCUUGGUUUGGAUUCCACAUCAAGAUUAAACUUUAGAAGAAAUAUGCCCAAAACUGUGGAAACAAUAGAAAAACUUGGAGCAAUUGAAAUGAUGGGUUACACAAAAUCAGGUGAAAGGACGUUCCACGCCAUGUCCACCAUGUUAACAGGCUAUUCAGGAAGCAGUCUCAUCAAAAAAUGCAAAUUAACCGAUCAAGGUGGCUACGACCCAUGUCCAUUUAUUUGGAAACGAUUAAACCGAUCCAAAUACUUAACUGCCUAUUCGGAAGAUUGGCCAGAUAUGUAUGCAUUCGGAACGGGAGGGUUCAUUAAGCAACCAGUCGACUAUUAUUUAAGAACCCUGUUCAACGCUGCUCAUGACUACGCAUUGCCAUUUCCUAUCAAUCAGUUCGUCAGGCUCUCGACCAACUGGUGCAUCGGUCAUCAAACGAACGACGACUUGUUGCUGGAUUACACCGAGUCAUUGCUACAAUUGGCACACGACUACAAAUCCCCACUGUUUACGAUGAGUUUCAGCAAUACGUAUCCACACAGCAUGGAUCACAACUUGAUACAGUUGCUGGAUGAAACUUAUGCAGAUUUUUUGGAGAGAAUGAAAACUAAAGGAUAUUUAAAUGAUACAAUUUUAUUCUUCCUAAGCGAUCAUGGGCAACGAUUCGGACCGCUACGAGAAACUUUGAGUGGAUGGUAUGAAGAUAAAUUGCCCAAUCUUUGGAUAUUCUUGCCUGAUGGGAUUAAGGAAAAAUAUCCAGAUUUACAGGAUGCAUUGGAGAUUAAUUCGAGACAGCUCACAUCGCCCUACAUGUUUUACUGGAGUAUAAACUUCAUCUUGGAUAAAUUCUUCCCAAAUUCCAACCCAUCAGAAAUCAUUUUCAAAAAUGAAACGAUUCCAAGAAAGUUUACAGAAUACAAUUUCUUCCAAAAACUCCCCAAAAAUUUAAAAUGCUCAGACGUGGGUGUUCCAGACGUGUUUUGUGCCUGUAAUCCAUUACGAGAAUUGAAUUUGGAUAAUCCCAUGUUACUCCUAGCUGGUGAGUUGGCUUUAAGUCAGUUGAAUGCAAAAUUGCCAAAAACGUGUUUAAAGUUAAAAGUGGGCAGAGUUAAUGGGGGAGCAAUUAUAGAAAAUCUGGGUUUAAGCAAGACAACCUACAUAAUUGGAAUUGUGACUGAUCCAGGAAAAAUGCAAAUCGAAGCGAAUAUCGAUUACUUUAAGGACAUUAAAACCUUUAAUAACAUUUCACAAAUUCAAAGAAUGAAUAAAAUUAAUAAGAUUGAUGUUAAAUGUCUGAAAGGGGAUAAAGAAUUUGAAUUGUUUUGUAUUUGUGGUGAUUAAUUGGUUAAUAAAACACGUGGAAUAUGUUGA